AUGGACCGAACAAAUGAUAACAAACUCUUCAACAAUUCAUUGCGUGCUGAUGUUAGUAAUCAGCCGUUAGAAUCGGAGUCGACGGAUAAGUCAACUCCGCAAGAGACUACUCAGGAAUUUCAAAUGACUGAAAUAUUUGCUGGAGGAUAUAUUGGCCAUGGAAAAACAAUAAUUUCCCAGACCGGAAGACAUAUUAGCCAGUGGACACAGCAUGAUGCUGCUUCGUAA